CUCUCGCUCGAGCACAAGCCUCAAGCUAGCUACCACCACCGAGCCAUCGACCGGCAGCCGGCCAGCAGCCAUGGACAUGAGCCUCGAGCACUCGAGCUCUGCCUCCUCCUCGUCCACGACCGAGCGCGGCGGGACGGCGUGGCCGUGGCCGCCGAAGCGCCCCGCGGGCCGCACCAAGUUCCGCGAGACGCGGCACCCCGUGUUCCGCGGCGUGCGCCGCCGCGGGAGCGCCGGCCGGUGGGUCUGCGAGGUGCGCGUCCCUGGCGACCGCGGCACGCGCCUCUGGCUCGGGACGUACUUCACCGCCGAGGCCGCCGCGCGCGCGCACGACGCCGCCAUGCUCAUGCUGCGCGGCCGUUCCGCCGCGUGCCUCAACUUCCGGGACUCCGCGUGGCUGCUUUCGGUGCCGCCCGCCUUCUCCAACCUCUCUGACGUCAGGCGCGCGGCCGUCCAGGCCGUCGCGGACUUCCUGCGCCGUCCGGAGGCCACCGGUGCCGCCGCUGGGGCGGCCCAGGAAGUCACGUCCAGCGUGGCCGUCCCGUCGGCGGCGGCGUGCAGCGUCCCCUCGUCUGAGACGGCGCAGACAUCCGGUGAUGCCACUUUUGAGGCGCCAGCCGCAUUAAACAUGGACAUGUUCGACCUCGACUGCUUGUUUGGGGAGACGGACUCGGACACGAACUACUACGCGGACCUUGCGCACGGCCUGCUCAUGGAGCCACCGCCUACCAUGGCCACCGGGGCGUACUGGGACAAUGGAGACUGCGCCGACACCGGAGCCGGAGCUGAUGUCGCGCUCUGGAGUUACUAGGAUCCGUUCUUCGUGUCUGCUCAGUCACUCCUCCCAUGGCCAAAAAAGAAAGAAAGAAAAAAAGAACGUACAAACAGUUUUCUCGCGGGCCCAGCUGCUACCGGGCCGGAGGGAGAUAGCGACAGCAUCGCGCGCUCUCACGCGUUCUUCGUUUCGAGUGUCUCCUUCCUUCCUUCCUUCCUUGUCGAUCCCUUAGCUAGAAUCAAGUGGUGUCCUGGUAGGAUCGAUGCGAUGCAUCACCUGAAUUAAACUAACACAGUAGCCCUCUUAGAGAUGGAGAUAUUCAUAAAAUUGUAACAUUGAGAUUUAUUUUGUCCAUAAACAUAUGGCUAUUAUGAGAUAUUGUUGAUCAU